AUGACCUACUCGCGGGCUCAGAGACGAGCCCAAGAGCGCAACGAGAAGCUUCUCCGUCUAGAUGGCAAGGGUGUUCACUUUCCUCCCGGACCCUGUCUAGGUUCAGACAAGAUCGCGGCUAUGGCCAUGCGCAUUCUUCGUUUGGAACCUUCCGAAGUCUGUCCCAAGCCAGACUAUAAGGAAUUUAAGUUCAACUUGUGGCAAAUCAUUCUUUACACCACGCUGGUCGCCGAUCACGAGAAAGAGAUCGAAUUUAACUCCCAUCCCUUCUGGUCCAGGGUUCUCGACAGGUGCCUUGGCAGCGUUCCGUUCGGAUUGCCUAUUGUAUCAGAAGAAGUUUCAAAGCAUGGAAGGCGCGUCAAGAAUGCUGUCUUUCGGAUUGUCAACGCGUAUCGAAAGGCUCGGAGGAGUUACGUUCAACUACACAUGGAUGAAGACAAUUCGCAACCUGACUUCACCCUGUUGGGUCACUUGGACGAACUUGAGGAAUUCGAAAAACCUCAUCUGCGUACCCAAAGACGAAACCGCCGAAAGCUCCGAAAUGGCAAUCGCGAUGUCCCCCGGAUUCUGCAUGAUAACGCAGCCCUGACCGCCUAG